ACACAUUCUUAAAAAAAUGGCAUCCGAAAAAGCGCCAUUAUGCCAGAUUUUCUCAUUUCAAGAUUGUAAAGCAACUCCAGACUCAAUUUUUGAGCUCCCCGUACGUUAUCUGACCCCCACACCGGCCCCGGUAGUGAUAGAUAACGGCUCCUUUCAGACCCGGGCCGGCUGGGCGGCUCCGGGGCCCGAGGAGGUGCACUCUCCGCAGCUGCUCUUCAGGUCCGUGGCGGCUCGGAGCAGAGGGGCCGCCCGCAGCGAGACUCAGAUCGGGAACGAUAUCCCCAACCUGGAGCCACUGCGGUGGCUGCUCAAGAGCCAGUUCGACCGAAACGUGGUGGUUAAUUUCGAGAUCCAGGAGCUCAUCUUGGACUAUGUGUUCACACACCUGGGCAUCAAUUCGGAGGGCUGUGUGGAACACCCCAUCUUGAUGACAGAGGCGCCCUGCAACCCGCUGCACUGUCGACAGAUGAUGUCAGAGUUGCUGUUUGAAUGCUACCGUGUCCCAUUUGUGUCUUAUGGCGUGGAUGGCUUGUACAGCUUCUAUCACAAUAACAUUCAAAGAAGCCUUCAGCCACCACACACUGGCAUCGUUCUGUCUUCUGGGUACCACUGCUCACACAUCCUGCCUGUUAUUAAUGGCAGGUUGGAUGCUUUGAAUUGUAAACGUGUAAAUGUGGCAGGAAGCCAGGCAGCAUCCUACUUGCAGCGCCUCUUGCAGCUGAAAUACCCAGGCCACCUUGCUGCCAUCACACUGAGCCGUAUGGAGGAGCUGCUUCACGAACACAGUUAUACUGCUGUGGAUUAUCACAAAGAGCUUGAAAAGUGGCGUUGCCCAGGGUUUUAUGAGCAAGAAGUUCACCGUAUACAGCUUCCUUUCUCGGGGAAGCUACCAGGCGGUUGUGUGAGUGUGGAGGAACGACAAGAACGGCGGGCUCAGCAGCUUCGUCGACUUCAGGAGAUCAACACUCGUCGGCGGGAAGAGAAACUGCAACAGGACCAAGAGAAGCUGGAUAGACUAAUGGCUGUACAGGAGCUGUUGGAAGAUGGGCUCCUGGAUCAGUUUCAUAAAAGUUUAGUGGAGCUCAACAUGGAUUCAGCCGAGGAGCUGCAGUCGUACAUCAACAAGCUGCAGGUUGCCGUUGAACAGAGUCGACAAAAACUGCUGCAAAACGACGGAGCAGAGGGGAAGACAGAGGUGUCAGAGCUGGAGCAGCCAUUGGAUGAGGGAGAUGGAGUGGCACUGAUGGAGUCAGACUUCCCCGAAGACACACUGUCAGAAAAAUCUGCUAAUGUUGUCCAGCCUGCUUUCAACAUGGCAGAGUACCACCAGCUGUUUGUGGGGACGGAGCGUCUGCGGUGUCCAGAAAUCCUGUUCCAGCCUUCGCUGAUUGGAGAGGACCAGAUGGGACUGAUGGAGGCGCUGCAGUAUGUCCUGGCCAGGUACACUUCUGAGCAGCAGGAGGCGCUGGCGAGCAACGUGUUUCUAACAGGAGGGAACAUGCAGUACCCCGGGAUGAAGGAGCGAGUGGAGAGGGAGCUGCUGGCCAUGAGGCCCUUCCAGUCUCAUUUCAAGGUAACCAUGGCGACACGGCCAGCCCUGGACGCCUGGUAUGGAGCACGAGACUGGGCUAUGGAGCAUCCAGCUGCAGGAGGAGCAGAAGGAUGGAUUAGCAAACAGGACUAUGAGGAGAAAGGAGGCGAGUAUCUGCGCGAACACUGUGCCUCUAAUGCCUUCGUUCCCUUGAAGAUCACCAAACCAGUUCCUGCUCGCCCCAUUGAGCCCUCGGUAACUUUACAGACGCCAACAGGCGCCGCUGCUGCCAUCUCUGCCCCAGCUCCCCCCUCUUCUGUUGUUUCUACAGACGUUACCAUGGUUACCUCCUGA